AAUGAUAUAUAUUCUGAUCGGAUUAUUUAGUUUAGUCCUUUGUUAAGGAGAUGUGUAAACAACAGUAUAGACUGGUAAAAUUGGUUUGUAUUUAAUCAUUUAGAUUUUUAUAAACAAUUGUUGAGUGCAGAUCCAAAAUAAUACAUCGAAACAGGAUAUGUUACAUUAAAAGACUUAGAGGAUGGAUAGACAGCUGUAGGAGAAAUGUUCUACCACAUGUUUUUAAAACAAGGAACUAUGAGCUUAGAUUAAAUAAAAUAAGAUGAUAUUUUAGUUAUCUGGUUAAAUGGUGGUCCAGGUUGUUCAUCAUAAUUUGGUAACUUUUAAGAGAUUGGUCCUUAUAAAGUUGUAGAGGUGAGCAAAGAUAAAUAUAAGGUUGAAGAGAGAGUAAUUAUUUAUUUUAUAUGGUAUAGCCAUAAUCUUGGAAUAAGUUGACACAUCAAUUAUUUGUUGAUUAGCCAUUAAGAGUGGGAAUGAGUAGUGCUAAAGAUGGAUUUAUAGUCUCAAAUACUGAAACUGCUGCAAAAUACUUUGUUAAUUUCCUUCGAGUUCUAUAUAAUAAACACACAAUUCUAUAGAGAACACAAUUGUAUAUAAUGGGAGAGAGUUUUGCAGGACAUUAUAUACCUGCUAUUGCUGUCUAAAUAUUAACUUAAAAGUUAACUAUUGUGAAUUUUAAAGGAGUUGCAAUAGGAGAUGGAUGGACAUAGCCAUUUUAAUAAUUAUCUUAGUAUGCUUCCUAUUUGUAUACAAUUGGUACAAUAACAGAAAGAUAAUUCAAAAUAAUUCAGAAUAACAUAGCUAUAGGAUAAAAUGCUAUUUUAAAUGGGGAUAUGUAAUUAGCAUACAAAUAAUUCGAUAUAUUGUCUGAUGAUGAAACUAUAAAAAUGGCUGGUGGAAUCAACGUUUACAAUUUCAGACAAUACCAAGGAUAAGAUAUAGAAGAUACUACACAUGAGAGAUUCUUAAAUUUUUAUUUAAAGACUUAAUUCAAGGCUCCAAAUACUAAAACAACAUUUGAAGGAUGUGAUGGACCUACUUAUGAUGCCUUUGCUUUGGAUAUUCCAACAAGUAGAAAGGCUGAUAUUGAGAUUUUGUUAUAGAGUAAAAUUAGAGUUUUACUAUUCAAUGGUUAAUUAGAUUAUAUAGUUAAUACUCCUGGAGCUGUUAUGUGGAUGAGUUAAUUGAAUUGGGAAAACAUUGGAUUAUGGAAAAAUGCAAAGAAGGAAAUGAUUGUUGUGAAUAAAGAAACAUAAGGGACAUGGAAAUAAUAUGAAAAUUUGAUCUAUGCUACAAUUUAUACAGCUGGUCACAUGGUUCCUACUGAUAAUCCAUAGGGUGCUUAUGCAAUGUUAGAAAAAUAUUUAACAAUAUAAUGA